GUGACACUCUAACUCCACUACAACCAGACACGCCGCACAAGAAGUGAUUCUUCUACGAGCAAGUCUAUAAUAUCACCUUUUGACUCGAUACAAUGACGAAGAACGGUUAUGAGAUUUUCAAGCUGGGCGAUUGGGAGCUCCAGAGCGGCGAAAAACUUGUUGAUGCCCACAUAGCAUAUACAACCUUUGGAGAUCCGAAGUCGCCCGCCAUUGUUUACCCCUCCUGGUUCUCAGGCUUGAUGUCCGAGAACUUUUGGUUGAUUGGAGAAGACAAGACCCUCAAUCCUAACAAGUACUUUAUCAUCAUACCCGCGCUCUUUGGCAACGGCGAGUCAACAUCGCCAUCUAAUUACCCUAUCGAAGGACCGUUUCCAAGAUGCUCCUUCUACGACAAUGUUCGCGCUCAGUAUACAUUAGUGACUCAGCAUCUAGGCAUCACUCAUUUACACGCAGUGCUCGGGUGGUCAAUGGGAGCCGCUCAAAGCUACCAAUGGGCGACACAGUAUCCCGACUUCAUGGAUCUGAUCGUGCCAUUCUGCGGCUCGGCCAGGACCUCGCCUCAUAACCAGGUUUUUCUCGAAGGAGUUAAAAGCGCAUUGCUGGCGGCGAAACACAUCCGUUCAGCAGGAUCUGGCAAUGCUGGUGUUCUUGAAGCCGGCCAAUCUGAUAGGAUCUGGAGCGACAAAGAGAAAGAGAUCGGACUUAAGGCUUUUGGCAGGGCUUAUGCUGGUUGGGGCUUCUCACAGGCAUUUUACCGAGAAAAGUUAUUCGAGUCUGUUCUUGGAUACAAAGAUCUCGAGGACUUCAUGGUGAAUUUCCAUGAAAGCUGGGCGCUUUCAAAAGACCCAGCCAACCUUCUCACUAUGCUGCAAACAUGGCAGAACGGUAAUGUGGCAAACCAGGAGCCAUACAAUGGUGAUUUCGAAAAGGCCAUGGCUUCAAUCAAGGCGAAGGCCUUGGUACUGCCUGGAAAAACUGACCUUUACUUCCCGCCCGAGGACUCAGAGUAUGAGGUUGCCUGCAUGGCACCGGGCGUUGCGACACUCGCCAUCUUCCCUUCCAUCUGGGGUCAUUGGGCCGGUGGCCCGGGAUUGAGCAAGCAUGAUGUUGCUUGGUUGGAUAAGAAAUUGAGUGAUUUUUUCGAAGCGGGAUCCUCCUCGAUUGGAGAGAAAGUGGAAGAGAGACUCAAGGCUGUGAACUUGGGAUGACUGCAGGCAGAAGACUGAUGACCAAGAUUGGUAUAAGUACAGUACAUUAUACUGCGUUCCAUGAACCGUAGCCAAACUUCUGAUGUUCAAUGAGCUAUGUUCUCUGAUUGGUUGCCUCGAAUAGAUACAAAGGACUGCUGCGCGCAUCCCGCUCCGAUCUUGUGAUACAUAAAUCAAGACGUCACUGAUUCAAUAAGUACUACAGGGUACCAAGGUCCUCGUUGUCAUAUAGUCGUUGCCAUAUCGUCCUU